AACUGUUACGCAUGUAAGAUGGGAAUUUGCUACCAACUGAAGACUUUUCUUUAUUGCUUUUCAGAGAAAUGUAAUUUUCGAGGUAAAAGCUCAUCUUUUAAGCAAUAAAGAACACAGCCUAAACUCUUUGUCUAAACUCUUUGUCUAUAAAUAUGAUGGCAAAACCCUUCAGUUUCUGACAUUAGAACCUAAGAACAAAGAGUUUAAAUCAUUUUGAAUUUGUUUUGAGAUUCAAAAAAUGGCUGAUGAAGAUGUAGUAUUGUUGGAUUUCUGGCCAAGUCCUUUUGGGAUGAGAGUGAGGAUUGCUCUGGCUGAGAAAGAGAUAAAAUACGAGUACAAGGAAGAAGAUUUGAGGAACAAGAGUGAUUUGCUUCGGAAGAUGAACCCUAUUCAUAAGAAAAUCCCUGUUCUAAUCCAUAAUGGAAAACCUGUUUGUGAGUCCCUCGUUCAGGUUCAAUACAUUGAUGAGAUUUGGCCGCAUAAAUCUCCCCUACUCCCUACUGAUCCUUACCAAAGAGCCAUCGCUAGGUUUUGGGGAGAUUUUGUUGAGAAGAAGAUAUAUGGUUUAGAGAGUGGGAAAGUAUGGACCACAAAGGGAGAAGAACAAGAAGCAGCAAAGAAAGAGUUCAUUGAGUGCCUGAAAUUGUUGGAAGGAGAGCUUGGAAACAAGGCUUAUUUUGGAGGGGAGAAUCUUGGUUACGUUGAUGUUGUGUUGGUUCCAUUUUACAGUUGGUUUUAUGCCUAUGAAAAGUGUGGGAAUUUUAGCAUUGAAACAGAGUGCCCCAAGUUAAUUGCAUGGGCUAAAAGGUGCAUGGAGAAAGACAGUGUUUCCAAGUCCCUGCCUGAUCAAGACAAAAUCUAUGACUAUGUUUUUCAUUUGAAGAAAGUGUUCGGAAUUGAGUAAAAUAUUGUGCUUACAACACAUUUCAAGACUCUGCUAGUAACUAUGUUUCUUAAAUAAAUGGGCACUUCGUUGUGCCUUGAAUGGUGAUUUGAAUUUUGUUUUGUUUUAAGGAGUGAAAUUAAUUAUAAUUUUUAUGUC